UUUGCUAUAAUUUCGGUUUAGGAAGAGGGAGUUCUGUAAUCUGUACAGAGAAUGGUGGAUCCUCUCUAUUGGAUUGGAGUUGCGAGAUACUUGGUCUCUAUUCUCAACUCUUUUGCUUACUUGGUUCGAUUUCGGUGCGCUUAUUCUUCAGCGUCAAAAUCGAUGGAAGGAAGUUUGGGGUUUUGCAGCUAUCAGUUGUUCAUUGUGCUUCGGUACAAGUGCAGAUGCAAUUUCCCUCUGUAUGGAAAAGAUUUCCCUGGAGGAGUAGCUACUGGAAGAUGGAGCAAUGGGAAAGUCCCCACUGACUUUAUUGCUGAAGUUUUGGGAGUGAAAGAUACUGUGCCAGCAUCCGGUGAUCCUGGACUGAAAGAUCAAGAUCUGUUGACAGGGGUAGGGUUUGCUUCAGGUGGCUCUGGACUUGAUCCUCAUACUGCUGCUGUACAGGGGGGGUCAAUUCCAUCAAUUGAGGCACAAUUAGAUACGUUCAAGCAAUAUGUGGUAAGACUAAAAGGGGUUGUUGGAGAAGACAGAGCAAACCAAAUUAUAUCAAACAGCCUAGCUCUUGUAUCAUCAGGCAAUAAUGACAUCAUGUUCGCCUUGCCUAGUCAAUCAUCUCAGCUCUUCAACUUAUUCACCUACACUGACCAAAUGGCAGUGUGGGCUUCACAGUUCACCAAGGAUUUAUAUGAUCCUCAGAUCUGGAGUGUGGAGAGUCGCUUUCUUUAGUACAUUACCUUUCGGAUGCCUACCAUGGGGGGAGAAUGCAAGACAGACAGUUGGGAGGAGGUUGCAACGUUUAUGCAAAUUACGCAGCACAAUUGUUCAAUGACAAGCUGAAAUCUGCACUACAAAACCUCAACAGUCACCUCCCCGGCGCGAAGUUUGUCUAUGUUGAUAUAUACAGUGCUCUUGACAACAUUAGCCAAAAUCCGCAAAACUUUGGUUUUGAAGUUGUGGACAAUGGAUGCUGUAUGACAAUAGGACCUGUAUGCAACUCAAUGAAUCCAUACAUGCCCAGAUCCUACAAAGUAUAUAUUUUGGGAUAAUCUUCAUCCAACUGAGGUCGCGUACAAGGCUGUUUUCUCCCAAAUCCUUCCAACAAUACAGACUAUCAUAUGAAUUUGACUUCCCGGCAGCGUGCUGAUUGAAUAUAUUGUUUUUGGGAACCGUCUGUGUGAAGAAAUGCUUGAUAAGUCUGCUUCUUAUUGGUAUGUACAGGAGAAGAGCUCCAGGUUGGGGCAUUUCUGAUAGCCACCUACUGGGUUUUAUUAGUAGCUUAUUUCUUAUUAUGGAUGGCAUCUAAACAUGUUUCAGCUUUGAGGCUGAAGCUCUGAUGCCUCCAGAGGUUAAACCAAAGCAAUUUUUGUUAAAAUUUAAUCCCAAACUGUAUUAUCAGUUGUGGAUCUAUGCACGGAUUUGAUCUACUAAGUAGUUUGUGAAUUACUCAGAUCCUGAAAAUGUGUUUAUAGGAACUUCGCCUUUGUUUAUUGGAAAAUGAUAAAAAUCCCAACAAUUGAUAUCGU